AAGUGGGUGCCAUAAAGAGUUGCAAUCAAUCGCCAACCUCCAUUAGAAGUAGGACCCAGACUUUGUGAACCCUCCAUGCUCCUGCCACCAGCAGCCAUGAAGCCUUCCUUCCCCAAACCAACUCCUUCCGCCAUAGCUCUCCUCCUCCUCCCUCUUGCCCUUCUCGCUUUCAUCUUCCUUUUCCUCUACCCCAAUGAGUUCGAGCUCCAGCAUUCUCUCACGACCGCCUCUUGCCGCACCUCUACCGUCGCCAACUUCGUCGAUCCGGUCACCCGGAAGCCCGACUUCCGGCUCCUUAUCGGAAUCCUCACCCUCCCUGACCGCUACGAGCGCCGCAACCUCGUCCGCCUCGCCUACUCUCUUCAGACCAACCUCACCGCCCAUGUCGAUGUCCGCUUCGUCUUCUGUAACAUCACCGCCGAGGAGCACCAAGUGCUCGUCGCCCUCGAGAUCAUGCAAUACGACGACAUCAUCAUCCUCAACUGCCCGGAGAAUAUGGACGGUGGCAAGACCUAUGCUUACUUCUCCAGCCUCCCGCAAAUACUUAACGGCACCAAUGGAGGAGGUGAUCCGCCAUAUGACUACGUCAUGAAGACGGACGACGACACCUAUUUCCGGCUUCAUAACUUGGCUGAGUCCUUAAGGAGCAAGCCGAGGGAGGAUUUGUAUUACGGGUUCCUGAACCCCUGUAAUAAUCCGAGUCUUCCUCGCCGCUACAUGUCGGGUAUGGGGUACGUACUGUCCUGGGACUUGGUGGAGUGGAUUGCGACGUCGGAGAUAGCCCGGAAUCGGACGGCCGGACCAGAGGACUCCGUCACAGGGGCGUGGCUGAGGGAUGGAAACCGAGGGAAGAAUCGGUUCGACAUGAACCCGGCAAUGUACGACAUCUUGGAUCAGAAUCGGGUCAACUGUUUCCGGCACGCAUUCGUGCCGGACACCAUUGCAGUGCACAAGCUGAAGGACCAGAAGAAGUGGGCGACGACACUCAAGUACUUCAAUGUCACCGAUCAUCUGAAGCCUUCCAAGCUCUACCAUAUUCCUUGAGAACUUUUAUUCUUCUGAUUAUUCUGGGUCAUGGAUGAUUCUUUCUUGCAACACUUUUUUUUUUCUCUUCACUCAAAUUUUCUUGUUCACACAGGUCGUCAAAUUUGAUGAAAAUAAACGAUGUAAACAAAUAGUGCAUGCAAUGUAUAGACAUAAUUACCUGGGGGAUCAAUUUUAAACUCAAA